AUGUUGGCUCAAGAGGGUGUCGAGCGACUUGCGCCCCCUGUCGUAAUACCGAAUGCGACCAAGGGUGUGGCUGCGGCGGCUAUACCAUUCGCGGUGGUGGCAGCCGGUUCGGGAACCUCAAAUCCCGAAGGUGCGGCCAUGGAGGCGGCGAGGGAGCGUGCACUUGCGGCCCUCGUGAUAUUUACGAAGUUUAAUCCGCCUAUGUUUGACGAAAAAAAGGUGGAGCUGUGGAUGGUGGAGUCAUGGAUCGACUCGAUGGAAACACUCUUUGAGGAUAUCUAUACUUUGGAGAAGGAUAAAGUGCACCUUGCCACGCAUUGUUUAGAGAAGGCGGCGAAGGUGUGGUGGAAAAGAGUGAAGCGCGAUCGACCUUCCAACCUUCUGCCUAUGGUUUGGAAGGAGUUUCGGGGGUUAGUGUUUACAAAUUACUUCCCCGAUAGUGAGAAGAAGAAGCUUCAGGAUAAAUUUCGGAAGCUAAGACAGGGAGACCGCUCGGUGGGGAAAUAUGAGCAGGAGUUUUUCCACAUCAUUGAUUGUGUCCCAGAUGUAGUUCGGGAUGACAAGGACAUGGCCGGGUGGUUCUUGCGGGGACUUCGGCCGAAGAUUUAUGAGGCGGUGCAGAUCCUUAAGCUCACGACCUUUGCGGAGGUUUUGGAUCGGGCGUUGUGGGCGGAGUACGGCAGUGCAUAUGCGCGCGGGAGCGCGAGUCUAUGGAAAAGGAAAGGGAUAAAGGGAAGAAGCGAACUGCGAGUGGUACCAGGGAUCGGUUGA